CUAUAAAUAGGAGGGAUGAAGCCAGCAGAGAGCAGAUUCUCUCUACAGAGACCUCUACAGCACAGAGAUCCAGACAUGGCACCUACAAUCACUGCAGCUAUGACCAAAUCUCAGGAGCAUCUGACUCUGACCCACAAGCUCAGAAAGCCUCUGGUGGAGAAGUUACGCAGAGAGCGAAUCAACAGCAGCAUUGAGCAGCUCAAGUCUCUCCUGGGUCCAGAGUUCCUCAAACAGCAGCCAGACUCCAAGCUGGAGAAAGCAGACAUCCUGGAGAUGACAGUUUGUGUCCUGAGACGACUGCAGCAGCAGAAUCAAGCUGUGGACUUGGCAGCUGUUGAUCAGGGCUACUCCAGGUGUGUCCAAGAGGUGAAACACUUCAUGUCCAGGGAAGAGGUGAAGACCCCGUCCCAGAGAAGACUGCUGAACCACUUCAACAAGCUGCAGUCUUCCUCUGAUGAGAACCUGAGAGAGGCUGACUUCUCUCCUCUGAGCUCCACAGUCCAGACCAGCAUCACCAAAGACAAGAGUCCAGUCAACAGCACCCACUGGAGGCCGUGGUAGACACCUACAGACUGGAGUUACUACCAGACAAACUCAGAUGACCAUAUUGGUCAAAGUUAUUAUCAGACCUAUUCUACAAUGAAAUAAUGUAUAUGUCUGUGUAAUCUGUUUUAAUUAACCACAAAGUCAUAUUAGAUAAUAGU